GAGUUACUCCAGCAUUUUGUGCCUAAUAUAUGUCGGCGCCGGAGUCGGGACUGGUCAGAGCACCGCCUCCUGCUCCAGAUUGAUCGCUGCCAGCCGGGGCUUGUGCAGUCGGUGGCGGGAUGGCGGCGCGACUGGUUGUGCGGAGCGGCUACGGCCUCGGGCGCCUGGCGGCUGCAGGACGACCGUCCACCAGGCUGCUGGUCAGAUCCAUGGCAUCCACGGGUGUUCCAACAGAUGAAGAACAGUCCACUGGCCUUGAACGAAAGACUUUGCAAGCGAUGAAAAAAGGGAUGGAUCCCUACAGUAUUUUAAAACCUAAAGUGUACGCAGGUACUAAGGCGGAUCCUCACAUUGUUCCUUCAAUCACUGAGAAGAGGCUUGUUGGCUGCAUUUGUGAAGAGGACAACACAUCAAUAGUUUGGUUCUGGCUACAUUCGGGAACCCCCAGCGGUGUCCGUCCUGUGGAUCACACUAUAAACUGGAGCAUCAUGAGCUUCCUCAUUAAUCUUGUAAUUGAUCAGGUAGCUUGGGCUACCUUUUUUGUUGCAGAAGUCAAUAAUUUGCACUUUACAAAAUAAAUACUGCUAAUUA